UUAAGUUUGUAAAAACGAAAAAAGCUAACACACACAUACCAACACAGAGAGAGACAUAAUGUCCAAUUAUCAAUGGCAACAAAUUUUUGAAAAAGUUUCAAUGGGAUUGUGUAAAUCGAUACUGAAAAAUACCAAUACUCAUUAUAAUCACCAUAAUAAUAAUGAUGAUAAUAAUAAUAAUAAUAAAUCGUUUGUCACAAGAGAAACAGAAUUGAUCUAUCAUGAUUGUCUUCAAGACAUUUAUGAUGAAACAAUACCUGAUUAUUCAAAAGAAAUAUAUUGCUGUCAAGACAAUGAAUAUCAACUAAUGAUGAUGGCAAAACAAAAACAACAACAACAACAACAACAAAUUGAAAAUGUUUAUCUACAUCAUGAAUAUUGUUGUACCUGGUCUAUGUUAAUGAUUCAAUACAAGAAUUACUUUUUAUUUUUGGCAUUAUUGAUUCUAGCAAAUGGACUCAUUAUAGCCUUUAGUAUUAUUUUCAAUUGUUAUUUGAUUUGGAUUUCUAUUGGUCAUUCAUAUGGUGGUCAUAAAUAUGUUGGUAUAGAUCGAAAUGCAUUACGAUCGAAGCCACGAUUUCCAUCUUUUGGUAAUAUAACGGAAAUUUUACGUAGUAAAAAUCCAAUGGUACGAUUGAAAUUAGAAUUUGAUGUCGACAAUAUAGAGACGAUAUUCGAUUGGAAACAGCCAAAUCGUAAUCGUAAUUCACCACCACCACCAUCACCAUCACCAUCACCACCACCACCACCGAGAAAAUCUUCACUUCCGAAUAUUCAAUCAUCAUCAUCAUUAUUAUCAUCAUCGAGUGAAUGAUGAAAGGAAAAAUUGUUAAUAAAUAUCAUCAGAUAAUUAUUUAGUCAUCCAGAAAAAAAAGAAUGACGAUGUUUGAUGUUUUAAAACGAUGGAUUAAAUUGUAUAUAAAUUGGAUUAUUAAAUUCAUUUUUUUACGUUAAUUCUUCUUCUACAAUGAAGUUUGAUGAUGA